AUGCCUCCCACACCCCCGCCUACAUACCCUCGCCCGGACUUCCUCCGCGAGGAUCUAUCAUGGCAAUCCCUAAACGGUCCAUGGUCAUUCCUCUUCGAUGACAACGACGUUGGUCUCAGCCAGGGAUGGCACUUGACCCAACUACCGGACAAGAUCACUGUGAACCCCACCAAUACCAAUAGUGCCGAAAACAGCGAGGCGCACAGUAUUACGGCCAAGAUCGCUGCUGGUACGCAGGAGCUACUGCAAGGCAACAAGUUCAGAAACGAGCAUACUGUGCAUGAGAAAAGAGAUAUCCAAGUCCCAUUUGUAUUUCAAUGCCCUGCUUCGGGUAUCAACGAAAAGGGCGUGCACGAGGUGCUGUGGUAUGAAAGGAUGGUUGAGGAUCCGAGAUCUGAACAGGGCAAGACUGCUGGAGAUCUUGUUAUCCUCCGAUUUGGAGCUGUCGAUUAUGAAGCCAAGAUUUGGGUCAAUGGUAGUUUUUUUGGUGGUCAUCGUGGUGGACACGUACCAUUUGAUGUUGACAUCACGGAUGCUUUUGCACAGGGGAAGACGCAGAGACUGACGGUGCGAGUUUUCGAUUCCGCUCACGAUCUGACCCAGCCCCGUGGAAAGCAGUACUGGAAGGCACAGCCCGAAAGUAUCUUCUACACGCCUAGCGGAGGCAUCUGGCAAAACGUGUGGCUGGAAUCGGUUCCCGCUGUCAGACUAGGAGAUGCGAGUACAGGCACACUACUUAAGAGCAACGAUAUCGAAGGAGGAAAUUUGGAAGCUAACAUCAAGGUUCUUGGAAGACUAGCAGGUCAUGACUACAGCGUGGAGCUCGAGGCCAGCCUCGGCGGUGUUCUAAUCAGCAAGACUGAAAAGACUGCCUUACCCCACGACUCAGACACAGUCCCUUUGAAGACGAACAUGCGUUUGACCGACACCCAGGUCUCGCAGUUGCCACAGAACCUCACAUCUGCUGCUCCACUCUCCGAACCCAAGGCCUGGCUCAACAACCUCGCCUUAUGGUCUCCCGACCACCCAACCCUCUACGACCUAACCAUCCGUCUCUAUCGCUCUUCAGAAAACAUCCCCAUCGAUACCAUCCACACAACAACCGGCAUGCGCUCCCUCCACUGGGAUAACUCGACCUUCCGCCUUAACAACCACCCUUACUUUCAAGCCCUCUUCCUCGACCAAGGCUACUGGCCCGAAACCUUCAUGACACCCCCCACCCCCUCAGCCCUGAAACAAGACAUCGAGCUCAGCAAGAAAAUGGGCUUCAACGGCUGCCGCAAGCACCAAAAAGUCGAAGACCCCUUAUUCCACUACUACGCCGACCGCCUCGGCUUCCUCGUGUGGGGCGAAAUGGCAAACGCCUACGCCUUCUCCGAAACCUACGUCGACCGCAUGGAUCAAGAGUGGCGCGAAGCCGUCCUCCGCGACCGCAACCACCCCUGCGUCGUCGCGUGGACGCCCGUCAACGAAUCCUGGGCCUACACGGAUUUGCACACGAGCAAGCAGCAACGAGACCACAUCCGAAGCUUGUACUACGCGACUAAAGUCCUCGAUCCCACCAGACCUAUCAACGACAAUUGUGGCUGGGAGCACGUGGUUACGGAUCUAACUACGUUCCAUGACUAUGCUGAUGCAGAGGAGCUGACAGCGACGUGUGCGUCGCUCGAUGCUAUCAUGAAGACGAAAUCUAACCGCCCCACGUUUCUGGCGCCGAUCCAACAACUGCGGGAUCCAGGGUCGACGCAUACGCCUGGCGCACCGGUCAUCUGUACGGAGUUUGGGGGCGUGAAUAUUGCGCGCGAGGCUGCUGGUGCGGGUGGGGAUGGAGAGGAGGAUAGGAAGAGGGAUUGGGGGUAUACGACUGCGUCGGAUCCCAAGGACUUGCUGAAGCGGAUUGAGAAGAUGAUGGUGGGGAUAGUGGAUGGAGGUCAUUGCUGUGGGUUCGUGUAUACACAACUUACGGAUAUUGAGCAGGAGGUCAAUGGGGUGUACACACCGGACAGGAAGGAAAAGUUGGAUGCGGCCGAGGUCAAGAAGGUGGUGGACGGCGUUAUAGAAAAGUAUGCGCAGAUGCACAAGUAA